AGGACGUGACCCGCGCCCGCCGCAGGCCAGGCUCGGGUGUCCCCAGAGCAGGGGCCGCGCCGAGUGGCAGGGCCCACCCCUCCGCCCCCACUCCCCCCGCUUCCCACCACCCCCUCGCGGGCGGGGCGGACCCCACCCCUGCCCCCCCUCCCCACCUCGCGGGCUGGGCUGCGCGGCGGGCGGAGCCGCUCUUGGCCUUUUUUGGGCGUCUCCCCGCUCGGCUCCCGGGAGGGACCUGCGGGCGGGUGCUCGGCGGCUGCGGAGGCGGCGGAGGGGGUCCCGAGGCGACCACGGGCUCAACGCGCGCGGUCACAAUGACGGGAAGCAACAUGUCCAACGCCUUGGCCAAUGCGGCUUGCCAGCGCUGCCAAGCCCGCUUCGCCCCGGCAGAGCGGAUCGUUAACAGCAACGGGGAGCUGUACCAUGAGCAGUGCUUCGUGUGUGCGCAGUGCUUCCGGCCGUUCCCUGAGGGGCUCUUCUACGAGUUUGAAGGCCGGAAGUACUGUGAACACGACUUCCAGAUGCUGUUUGCUCCAUGCUGCGGGUCCUGCGGUGAGUUUAUCAUCGGCCGUGUCAUCAAGGCCAUGAACAACAACUGGCACCCUGGGUGCUUCCGCUGUGAGCUGUGUGACAUUGAGCUGGCCGACCUGGGCUUCGUGAAGAAUGCAGGCAGGCACCUGUGCCGGCCUUGCCACAACCGUGAGAAGGCCAAGGGCCUGGGCAAGUAUGUCUGUCAGCGGUGCCACCUGGUCAUUGACGAGCAGCCCCUUAUGUUCAAGAAUGACGCCUACCACCCCGACCACUUCAGCUGCACCCACUGCGGGAAGGAGCUGACCGCUGAGGCCCGGGAGCUGAAGGGGGAGCUCUAUUGCCUGCCCUGCCACGACAAGAUGGGCGUCCCCAUCUGUGGGGCCUGCCGCCGGCCCAUCGAGGGCCGUGUGGUCAACGCACUGGGCAAGCAGUGGCAUGUGGAGCACUUUGUCUGCGCCAAGUGCGAGAAGCCGUUCCUGGGGCACCGGCACUAUGAGAAGAAGGGCCUGGCCUACUGUGAGACCCACUACAACCAGCUCUUUGGGGACGUCUGCUAUAACUGCAGCCAUGUGAUCGAGGGAGAUGUGGUGUCGGCCCUCAACAAGGCCUGGUGUGUGAACUGCUUCUCCUGUUCCACCUGCAACAGCAAGCUGACCCUGAAGAACAAGUUUGUGGAGUUCGACAUGAAGCCCGUGUGUAAGAGAUGCUAUGAGAAGUUCCCACUGGAGCUGAAGAAGCGGUUGAAGAAGCUGUCGGAGCUGGCCGCCCGCAAGGCCCACCCCAAGUCUGUGGGCCUCAACUCUGCCUGAAGGGCUCCCGCCUGCCUUCUGCUUUUGUCUCCCCUUGCUGCUGGAGCCCCUGCUCCUGGUGCGCUCGAUGCUCCCUUCCUGCUGCUGCCUCUACUCCUCAUCUCUGCUCCCCCUCUUUCCUUCUCUCCUCCCCUCCCCCACCCCCUCCUUCCCAGACCUCCUUUCUCUCCUCCUUCCUUCAAUGCAGGCACAGGGCAGAUGCAGGGCCCUUGAACCUGUGACAGGCCUGUGCCCACAAGCCUUAGCUCAAGGUCCUCCAGGGACAUGAGGGAAUGGGGGCCUGGGGUCACCUGUCCCCGGUCAUGGACCCCACUGCUCCUGGCCCUGCUUGUCCUGACCUCUCCCAUUCCUGCAGCACCCCUCCCACCCCCACUCCCCACCAGCUCACAUUCUCCUGUGGGAGUUUGGGCAGCUUCCACCCCAGAGUGGUCCUACUACAUGCACAUGGCCCUGGGGAGGCCACAACAAGGCAGCUACCCUGGCCAUGAGGACGGGGGCCCCUGGGGAACCAGCCUUUCACCCUUGGCCACGCACUCACUCAGCCAAGUAGGAUCCCUGUGCUUAAACUAGGCCAGCAAAUCCUGCCACUGCACCCCACAAUUGUCAGGAGGGACAAGGACCACGCCCCCCCCCCCCCCCCCCAUCACUCAUGAGGCCUCCUUUCUGAAAUCUGGCCUUGGCCAGUCUGUCCUGGGCCAAGGGCCCUGUGGUUCCCCCAAGCUCCUCUGUGGUCCCCACAGCCCCUCAGGCUCCCUGCUCCCCACUCCACCCACAAGGGUACAUGCUGGCUGGCUCUCAGGAUGCAGCUGACUGAGGGCCAGAAGGUAGUGGGAUUGGGUGGGUGGCCCAUUCUGACCUUCCAGGAAGGACACUUCCUCCGUGGCCACACAGGACCUGGUGCUUGCACAGUGAAUGAAGGCUUAUUUACAUGA